GACCUCAGUGAUGACCAAAGGGCCAGUUACGGUGGGGAUGGCUCGGGAACGCCCGAGAGCGCGUCGGAAACUGGCUGAUGUGGGAACGGCCCACGGGCGGCGGGCGCUGCCUCCGGAGGGAAGGGCCGGGACAACAUAGGGUGCUUGGAAGAACCGUAGUCAAGUUUUUCACCAAACAAAUGAAACAUAUCACAGAACUGUGCUAAGAUGGCCACUUCGGCACAAAGAGACCUGCAGCCUGCCAGAACAUACCUGAAACUCCAGAAAGGUUUUACCGCUGCAUAUCCGACACAAUCCUCCAUUCCUUACAAAUCUCACUGGGCAAAAAAUCCAGAACCAGAAAAGAAAGGAUUUAAUAGCCAAACCAAGAGAUUUGAUCAGAAAACGGAUAACAUCCCGGGUCCUGGGUCCUACAACGUCACCCACCAAUCUCCAGUGUUCAACAGCGUCUCGCUGUCCACGAGAGGGACGUGCGCCUUUCCCUCGAGGCGUGACCGACUGGGCCCCAUCGUUUCUAAAAAUCCCGCAGCAAAUGCGUACACUCUGCCGUCAUGUUUUGUUUCGAAGAAAGACUUCAGUAAUUCCUGUUCCAGCAUGUUCCAGCUGCCAAGCUCUGGAAAAGGCCUCAAAUUUGUAACUCCUGCACCAAACCAGUACAACGCCUCCGUCUCGUUCUGCAAGCAGAGAAACAACGUCUGUGCCCGAGCCGAGUUCCAGUCCAAAACCCAGAGAGGAGCGUUCGCCAUCCCUGGAGAAGGACCUGCACCAGGGUAUUAUGAUAUCAACGAAUCCCUUGUGAAGCAGUCGCCGACGACAUUGGUGUCCUGUUUUAAAUCAAAAACUGACCGUGGAUUAAAACCGACAUCGACAGUCCCUGGCCCCGGUUAUUACAACCCACACGAUCACACCAAGAUUCCGAAAAAGACCCUUAUCCCGAGACACCGCCUCCUGAACUUCUCCACCCAGCCUCUGUCUCUGCCCGUGAAGCCGCCUCUCCCAGGCCCCGGUCAGUACGAGAUUGUGGACUACGCCGGGCCCCCCAAGUAUUUAAUCUCCAGUGCAUCGUUCGUGUCCACCACCAAGCGGUGGACAGCGGCACCGACUCAACCAGGCUUGCCUGGCCCAGCCACCUACAAGCCGGAGCUCCCUGAGAAGCAUUCCUUUCUCUACAACGAGGGCAACAGGUGGAUCCCGGUGUUGUAGCGGCCUCACAGGGCACGGGAAAGGCCGGCCACCAGCGGCCCCACGCAGGUGCCCAGGGCUGACGUGGGGCAGCUCUGCCACCUGGGUCUGGUGUUACAGCUGGGCUCGAGCUGCCUCCUGGAGAUUGGGCCCCCUACUCCUGCUGACCUCAUGGUUUCCUGAGAAGAGGAGGAGAGGACAGAGCCUCCCCGGUUCCUUCGCCAGGCACCUGGGCAGGCUGCUGUCUGCACCCUGCCCUCAGACGCAAGGGGCUCCUGAAGCUUGGGCUCCAGGGAGAAGGUAGAGGAGGGAAGAUGCCCUGCCUAGCAGCCUGGUGCUGACCAGGGCUCCGGGGCCCGCGUGCAUCUGCAGGGGGGACAGCACAUCCUUCUGGCCUUGGCUUCCAGACCCUCCUGGUGUUCCCAGAGCUGGAAGGCUCACAGGCGCUUGUAACACAGACACGAAGGGGUUGCCUGGGUUCCUUGCCCCCCACUUAGCCCUUGAAUCUCACCUUCAGGGCACCUGUGCUCAGCACCCACCCUCAGGAGAGGCUGCCAUGUGCUUUAUUGGCUCCAUAUUCAAUAGCACAUGUGGGCGGGGCCCUGCUGGAGCCAGAGCCGGGACACAGAGGUUCUGGGGGGCACGGGAGCCACGCAACACCCUGAGCCUGCAGGUUCUCACUCUCACCCAACCUUUCCCCUUCCUGGGCUGGGCUCCCCAACCUCCCACUCAAGUUUGACACACCUUUAAUGCAUCUUUUCUGGCCUGUCAUUUCCCCUUGGCAAGAGGAGAAGAUUCCCAAAGAACCAGGAGAAGAUAGAAGUAGCCACACACCCCCUCCUUCCCCAGAUGUUGGCAAUGUCUUUCCGUUUGUAAGUGGAACUCGCCCAGGCAGCCUGCCCUCGCCCCAGCGAGGACAAGGCUCUCACUUCCCUUUGCUCCCUCCUUUGACUUUUCUCUGGAAAUGCUACAUCCUGGGCCUCCAUGUCAGAACUGGCUGCUGACUGGCUCUCCACUUAGGGAGGGGUUGGAAGGAUGGAAGAACAUCCAAUUAAAUUGAAUUCUUGCAUCUCACCAAAGCUGGCCUCUAAGUGACCUCUG